UGAACCCUUAAUUAAACUAUGAUGAGAAGAGGAAUAUAAAAGAUGAACCCACUUGAUGCAACAAAAUCAGGAUUUUUAGUUUGCAUUGCGAUCUGUAUGUUCAUCUACACUUUUAUCUACCUAAAGAAUAUGCUUACUGAAGAGCCCAAUGAACAAAAAUUUAAUGCAAAUAUAGCAGAGUGUGGUUUUUACCCGGAUGAACUUUGUUCAGCUCUUUUUGUGGGGAAAACUGCUGCCUUUAAAAUUGGAAACUUUUGUCAGAAUACCUACCAACCUAAAACACUCAGCUGCGUUCAUACUUCGUGCAACUGCUCCACGGUUUUGAAGACUCUGCAUUUUAUCACAAGACCACUCUCAGAUGAAGAAGGAAAUUUCUCGUUGGCAUAUAUUAUCACAAUUCACAAGGAGCUAGAAAUGUUUGUAAAGCUGCUAAGAGCUAUUUAUAUGCCUCAGAAUAUUUACUGCGUACAUGUUGAUGAAAAAUCACCAAAAGACUAUAAAGCUGCUGUACAAAACAUCGUUAAUUGUUUUGAAAAUAUUUUUAUUUCCUCAAAAAGAGAAAAUGUUGUUUAUGCAGGAUUUUCGAGAUUACAAGCUGAUAUUAAUUGCAUGAGAGAUCUAGUUCAUUCCAAAACGCAGUGGAAUUAUGUUAUUAAUCUAUGUGGUCAAGAUUAUCCCAUUAAAACAAACAAAGACAUUAUACAAUACAUCAAAAGUAAAUGGAAUGGCAAAAAUAUGACUCCUGGGGUGGUGCAACCACUUCAUAUGAAACACAGGACACAGGUUAGUUACAGAGAAUAUGUACAUUCUGGAAUGUCAUACGUGUACCCAACAAAGAAUAUAAAAGAUAAACCACCACAUAAUUUGACCAUAUAUUUUGGUAGUGCCUAUUACAUACUCACUAAAGAAUUUGUAGAGUUUACAUUGACUGAUGCACGUGCAAAAGCUUUGCUUGAAUGGUCAAGAGACACGUACAGUCCGGAUGAACACUACUGGGUCACACUGAAUCGUUUAAAUGAUGCUCCAGGGGCUACGCCCAAUGCAGACUGGGAAGGAAACAUACGAGCCAUUAAAUGGAAAGAUCGAGAAGGAAUCAUACACAAAGGUUGCAAAGGUCAUUACGUCAGAGACAUUUGUGUCUAUGGACUAGGGGAUUUGCAGUGGAUUAUUGAGUCACCUCAUUUGUUUGCCAACAAAUUUGAGCCUGCAACAUACCCACUUGUUAUGGACUGCCUAGAGAGACGCUACAGGCUUAAAGUACUGCGCCAGGCAGAGGUCCCGAUUGAAGAUCACUGGCGUCUUCAGGAAGAGAACUACUUCAACAUGAAGCUGAAUGUUUGA